AUGGAGACGGAACUCGAGGCUCUGCCGGACGACGCCCUCGCCCACGUCCUCCGCGGCUUGCCGGCGCGGAGCCUCGCCACGGCCCGAUGCGUCUGCAAGGCGUGGCGCGCCAUCGUCGACGCCCGCGCGCUGCUGCUCCCGCACUUUCUCCCGCACUCGGUGCACGGCAUCUUCGUUAACUACAUCGACCAUGGCCGGCCGCACUUCUUCGCCCGCCCCUCCUCGGCGUCGUCGAUGAGCCGAGGGAUCGACGGCAUGCUCGGCUUCAUGCACAACGACCACGUGCGUGACUGGUGGUCUGUCAUGGAUCACUGCAAUGGCCUGCUCGUCUGUGACAUGGAGUUGGAGAGUGAGCUCUGCGUGUGCAAUCCCGCGACGCGGCGGUGGACGGGGCUUCCUCGGCAUGCAGGGCGUAGCCGCGACUAUGCCGGUGCAUACCUCGUCUUCGAUCCGGCUGAGUCGCCGCACUAUGAAGUAUUCUUGAUCCCUGUCGUGCCGGAGGAGCCAUCACCCUCAGACCGCCGGAAGGUUGACGAGGAGCGGCGUGCACGGCUACGGCAGCAAGAGAUUGACGCGCCGUUCUUCCUGGAUUGGUUUUUCUCAUUGCCAAGAGGUGCAAUAAUUGCCGAUGGAACUGGAGAGGAGGUUCAGCAGGCAGUGGAAUCGUCUCCAUCCGUGAACAAGGAUCAUGAGCCUGAUCAUGACCCAUUUCGCUUAAUGGAAUGGCCACCGUCGCCAUGGAGGCUGAGCGUGUUCUCAUCAAGAUCUGGUCGGUGGGAGGAUAGGGCCUUUGUCCGCGAAGGCGAGCCAGCGGGGACAGUCAAAGACAUGCGGUUGGAUCCCUUGGAACCGACGUGGCGAGGGCCGCGCCGGCGCUAUGCCGUGUACCAGCGUGGAGUGCUCUAUGUGCAUUGCCGAGGUUCAUUCAUUACGAGGUUUUCAUUGUCAAAUGAUAAAUAUGUAGUAAUUAAAAUACCGGCAGACAUUAAGGAUGCAAAACCAUAUCUGGGGGGAUCGCAGAAUCAGGUGUAUUUUGGAAUAUUUGAUGGCCAUCAACUACGGGUUUGGAUCCUCAACGAAUCAUGUGGACAUAUCGAGUGGCUCUUGAAGUAUGAAGCUGACCUUGGGCUCUAUGCCCAUUAUGUAGCAUCACUCCCCUAUAACAAUGGCAGACAAUUGGAUGGAUCUUGGAUGGUAGAAGGUAAUACUGAUGUGAGUGACAUUGAUGAUGAUGUUGAAGCACAAUCCAACGGGAGCAUUGAGCGGGACUCGGACAAAGAUAAGAUUUAUGUGAGUGGCAUUGGUGACAACGUUGAAACACAAUCCGAUGAGAGUAUUGAGUGGGACUCCGACAAUGAUGACUUUUUCGCAGUUGAAGCCGGAAGUGAGCAGUACUGCAGGGGACAAUUCCACAUUCUUGGAUUUCAUCCGUACAAGGAAGUUGUGUUUUUGGUUGAAUGGUUUGGAGUUGCAGCCUAUCAUUUGAAUACCUCAAAGAUUCAAUAUUUGGGCAACUCACGCCCAAAAUGUUACUACCGUAACCAUACAAAUGGUAUAUCUGAGUCAUUCCUAUACACUCCAUGUAUGAUUGGAGAUCUGCUUCGUGGAGACAAUACUGGGCAGAGCUUGUAUGAAGAUUAG